AUGGCUUAUUAUAGUUUAUGGAAGACGAUUUUUCCUCGGCCUGGAAAUUUAACUAGUCGAUUCUACGCUGCGGUUGCAACGUCCCGGAAGGCAACGAGGGAAAAGGAAGAUACUGUUACCUUUAGUAGCAAUAAUCCUCGACAACCUCAUGAUAUCGACACUGCUUUGCUCAUUUUAAAGGCUUACGCUCUUGGUAGAGUAAACGAAACAUUGGAGUUAUCGAUUAGGCUAAAUCUGAUGGAGAAUAAGAGUAAGCAACGAGAUGCAUCACAAAUCCGUGGCACCAUUUACUUACCUAGAAACUAUUUUCAAGAUCGAACUGUCUAUGCGUUUGCUGAUGGUGAAGUUGCUGAAACCGCAAAGAAAUGCGGAGUCCAACAUGUCGGAUCGGAUGACCUCAUAGAAAAGAUUCAAAAUAAAUCCUUGAAGCUCAAGAAGAAGCAAAUGAGAUUUUUAACGACGAAAACUUAUGCUAAAAAAAUUCGAUCUCUACAGCCGAUAUUGCGAUCGGCAUUGAUGCCAAAUAAGAGAAAAGAUAGAUUUAUUGUAAGAUUGAGCAACGCUAUUAUUUUAGGCAGUAUUGUGGAGGAGGUCACGGUGGAGUCGGUAGAUCGCUUAAAGAGAGGAAUAGAGUAUCGAUCAGAUAAGAACGGCAUAAUUAACAUUCCCAUUGGCAAGUUAAAUUUUCCUGCUAGUGAUGUAAAACGCAACGUCAAUAAUGUAAUUGAUGAGAUUAUGACCCAUAAAGGAAAAGGUCGUUUUAUACUACAAAAAUUCCUUUCUUCCACUCGAGGACCCGGAGUAUUACUAGAAUAG